AUGCCAUAUAUCUCAGCAUCGAUGAGUAAGUUUGCUAUGAAGGUGGUACGUGCAGACAAGAUGGAUUCUUUGGGCACCUUGAGCAAUACAGUGCCCUUUUCUAUCGACCGUUUAGAGACCACACCUGCACCAUUUUGGGUGGAGACCACAUCCAGAGCCCCAUUCCAGAAACAAUUAUUUUGCGGCUCGUGCAACCAAAAAAUCGCUUGCUCAGGAUCAGAGGUUGAUGUCAUGGUGAAAGAGGAAAUUUGUGAAAAAUUAUUACGUACAAUCCAGACGUUUUGGGAGGAAAAACCAAUUUUUGCCCACGAUGCGGUGCCUCCGAUGAUGUGCAGCGCGUACGUGAUUAGUUUUAAAAACACGCCCGAUGAUCUUCAUCAGACUAAAACGUGUAGGCAUGCUGCCCGAUUUGAACCACAAUUCGAAAACUGCACAUUGUUAGGGUGCUUUACAGGGGUUAGCCCUGUUCUGUUUCAUUCGCUUUACAACAUGCUCUUCAUAUUUGGUCAGCCCAGUAUCCAGAACGUGCGCAGUUCAGUCAAAGAGCUAGCCUCGAAAGUGGCUCCGUUGUUCCCUCUUAUUGACUGGAAGCUAUGUUUACUCUGUGCCAUUUGGUACACCGUUAGUGUUGUUUCCUCAAACAGCACCAAGUCCAUUCUUCGCAACUUUGAUUACCCAGUUACACUCACAGAAUUCCAGUUCAUGAUAAACGCUUUGUGUUGUCUGCUCACCGUUGCUUUCGUGAAGAAGUACGAUGCUAUUUUUGCUUCUCAUCGCCACCACCUCAACCCAAACUCCCUUUAUGCUGACAAGUCCUCGGACUGUUUGCUGGAGAAGUUCCCAAAGGGCACCUUCCCAACGGAUUUGAACCACUACAACUACAGACUGACGGAUUUCCUCAAGCCAACACUGUUUGUUUUGAAGACCACGCUUCCAAUGGGAAUGUUCCAGUUUGUUGGACACAUCGCAUCCCACAAGGCUACUUCGGUGAUCCCAGUGUCUCUAGUCCACACAAUCAAGGCUUUGUCUCCUCUAACCACCGUGUUAAUCUACCGGUUCAUGUUCAACCAACAGUUUGGAAAGAAAACUUAUUUCACUUUGUUACCUCUGAUGGUUGGUGUGAUGCUUUCUUGCGUGAAAAAUAACAAAAUCACUGCAGACUCUGAGUUCUUCUACACGGGAUGUGUGUUUGCGUUCAUCUCCAUGCUGAUUUUCGUGUCUCAAAACAUCUUUGCUAAAAAGAUUCUCACUUUCGAGGCAAAAGAAGCAAAGAACGAUUACUUUACCAAUACCCUCAAUUACAAGGUCGUCAAGAGCGAGUCGGCCACCUCAACCCCAAUGUUACCUAUUGCAAUGACUCCUAAGCAUGCGAGCCCGCCUGUGACGCCUCUGUUGGGCAACUCGUCCCAGUCUCUCAACAAGCUGGUCAUCAACUCCGAGAAAAAACUCGACAAGAUGUCCGUUCUGUUCCAUUGCUCUGUUGUUGGAUUCCUUUUGACCCUGCCCCCAUAUAUUCUCACCGAGAUCUCCUCCGUUACUGGAUUUUCGCUGUUCGAGAUCGAUCAAUACGUGGCUGGUCUUAUCUUUGUGAACGGAAUGACACAUUUCGUGCAGAGCGUGGUAGCCUUCCAAAUUCUGGGAAUGGUGAGUCCAAUCAACUACAGUAUCGCCAACAUUCUCAAGCGGAUCAUUAUCAUCAGUUGCUCGAUCUUAGUUGAAGGAACUCACCUCAGUGCUGUUCAAUGGACAGGACUUGCAUUGACAUUUAUUGGGCUCUACUGCUACGACAAGUGGGGUGUCCAGCGCAAAAAUUAA